AUUUGAAAUGUUUUUAAAACACGCUCUUGUGCUCUCGCACUUUUGCCCCGCACGCACGUGACAUAGGGCAGUACUCGACUCUCCAACCUCUUUAUAGUUAAACUCUCAGCGCAGUCCAUUCUCCAACGCUUUUACAGUUAAUCUCUCAAUAGCAGCGAGCAGAGCAUAGACCCAUAUCCUGAAAUACCCACCAUUUUCACCUCAAAAAACCACUCUCUUAGUUCUCUCCUCCAAUGGCCAAAACCACAACGCCUAGAAAACCCACCAACAAAACCCACCAAAACAAGAACCCAAAUUCCCCAAAACAAGAAAAACCACAACAAUCUUGGGCAGUUUUCAGAAGCCUCCUCACAUGCAAACACAUCCAACAACAACUAGAAAGCCAGAAACAUCAACAGAACCAGAAAUUACAGGAACCACCCUUAGAAGAAAGCAGCAAGAAAACCAAGAAAAUGAAGUGUUCUGGGUCCCUCUGUAACAACACAAAGGUAAUGCACAGGGCUGAGCCAUUAUCUUCAUCAUCCCCCGAGGAAAGCAAGAAAAAUGUUCUUUCUUCACUGGGUUCAGGAAAUGGAUCAAGUAGAUCCAUGAGAGUUCCACUAAUUGGUGAACAAAGUAAUGGGGCUAUUGUUUCUUCUUCUUCUUCUUCAAACCCUGCUGCUGCUGCUGGGUCUUUCAGAUCAGGGAUGCCUUUUAGGAGGUUUUCUGGGUGUUAUGAGUGCAGCAUGGUGGUUGAUCCUGUUCUUGGGAUUACUAGAGACCCUUCUCUCAGAUCUAGUAUUUGCUCUUGUCCUCAUUGUGGUGAGAUCUUUACGAAAUCGGAGAAUUUGGAGCUUCAUCAGGCUGUUAGGCAUGCAGUGUCGGAACUGGGUGCGGAAGACACAAGCAAGAACAUAGUGGAGAUCAUAUUCCAAUCAAGCUGGCUCAAGAAACAAUCCCCGGUCUGCAAAAUCGACCGCAUCCUAAAAGUCCAAAACACCCCCAAAACAAUCGCGAAAUUCGAGGAAUACCGCGACUCCAUCAAGUCCAAAUCCACCAAGAAACACCCCCGGUGCGUGGCCGACGGCAAUGAACUCCUCCGCUUCCACUCCACCACUCUCCUCUGCUCCUUGGGCCUCAACGGCUCUUCCAACCUGUGCAAUUCAAUCCCCAGUUGCCAUAUCUGUAGCAUUAUCAAGAACGGGUUCAGAGUUGGCGGAAAAGGGAUCUUAACGACGGCAACUAGUGGGAAGGCGGAUGAAAGCGCUGCCGGGGUGGCGGAUGAGGAGGGGGAGGGGGAGAAAAGGGCGAUGUUGGUGUGUAGGGUUAUAGCAGGGCGUGUGAGGAAGGGUAAUGUAAUGGUGGUAGAGGGUGGAAGUAUGGAGGAGGAGUACGACUCGGUGGCUGGAGCAACCACUGGAGUUUACUCCAGUUUGGAGGAGUUGUACGUGUUUAAUCCUAGGUCUAUCUUGCCAUGUUUUGUUGUCAUAUAUCAAGGGUAUUAGAUUUUUUAUUUUAUUUUUUUUAUCGAAGGAAAGUCAAUUUCCAUUUAAAAG